GCCCCCGGGCCCAGGGGGGGACAGCGCGGCAUCUUGGGCGCCGGGACCCCCGCUCGGCCGGAGAGUUUGCAAACGCAGUUUGGAGUUGGAUUCCGACAGCAGCAGGAAAAACCUGGCCCUCUCCCCACUUUCGUGCCCCGCUCUCUGUCUCCAACCCGGCACCCCCAGUUCCUCCAGGCCCUCCUGCCAUGUCGGACCCAGACGUCCCCAGGGGCCCUGAGGCCCCGGCUAUGUGGCCUCCCUGUUCCAGGGGUGCUUGAGCCUCGGUGCGGAGCCCCGCUGCCCCUGCCCACCUCGGCCUGCCCGGAGCCCUCGGGACGAUGAGUGGAGGGAAGAAGAAGAGCAGCUUCCAGAUCACCAGUGUCACCACGGACUAUGAGGGCCCUGGGAGCCCAGGGGGUGCCGAGCCCCCGACCCCUCCGGUCCCCACCCGGCCCCCACCCCGCCUGCCCAAUGGAGAGCCUAACCCGGAUCCAGGGGGCAAGAGCACCCCCCGGAACGGCUCCCCGCCGCCCGGGGCCCCUGCCUCCCGUUUCCGGGUGGUGAAGCUGCCACACGGCCUGGGAGAACCUUAUCGCCGAGGCCGGUGGACGUGUGUGGAUGUUUACGAGAGAGACCUGGAGCUGCCUAGCUUCGGCCGGCUUCUGGAGGGAAUCCGGGGGGCCUCGGGGGGCACGGGGGGCAGGUCACUGGAUUCCAGGUUGGAGCUGGCCAGCUUGGGCUUGGCCACCCCGGCCCCACAGCCAGGCCUGUCUCAGGGCCCCACCUCUUGGCUCCGCCCGCCCCCCACCUCCCCCGGACCCCAGGCCCGCUCCUUCACGGGAGGACUGGUCCAAAUGGUCGUAAGCGCAGGCAAGGCCGUGGGGGAGACGCCCCCGCUCUCAGCCUCCCCACCCCACCUUCGCCCCCCAGAGCCUGGGAUCCGGGACAUUGAGGGCACAUCCUGGGCCUCCAUGCCCCUUCCCUCGCUGAGGGUGGAAGUGGAGCCAAGGACCUCAGCAGUCGGGACUCCACCGCUGUCCAGAAGGAAGGAUGGACCCUGGCAGCUGGGGAUGGAGUUGGUGGCUCCGGAGGAGACAGGGCAGGUGCCCCCACUCGACUCCCACCCCAGCUCCCCAGCCCUCUACUUCUUCCCUGACGCCAGUCUGGUUCACAAGUCCCCAGACCCCUUUGGGGCGGCGGCCCAGAGCCUCAGCCUGGCUCGCUCCAUGCUGGCCAUCAGUGGUCACCUGGACAGCGAUGAUGAUAGUGGUUCCGGAAGCCUGGUUGGCAUUGACAACAAGAUUGAACAAGCCAUGGACUUGGUGAAAUCCCACCUCAUGUUUGCGGUCCGAGAGGAGGUGGAGGUGCUGAAGGAGCAGAUCCGGGAGCUGGCCGAGCGGAACGCCGCACUGGAGCAGGAGAACGGGCUGCUGCGUGCCCUGGCUAGCCCCGAGCAGCUGGCCCAGCUGCCUGCCUCAGGAGUCCCGAGGCUCGGGCCUCCUGCGCCCAACGGGCCCUCCGUCUGAGCAGCUUCCCUACCCUCACAGUGUGCCUUUGGGGGCUGCCAAGGCUGCCGGGCCUUGUGCCAGCUGCCCGCCCCCUCUUCCUAUGCAGCUUUAAUGCCUCCUGAUCCCCAGGCUGGGAGUUCAAGGCUCAGUGUCGCCGGUCCCCCAGCCCUAUCCACAUUUUCCCAUAGUCCCCAGGGUCUGGGCUAGGGUGCCUGCGGGCCUUGGCAGAAGAAGGAGGGCCCCAGGAUGGGGUGUUAAAUGGCACCCUCCUCCAUGAGGGGUUCCAGCCUGUCCCUCCCCCCUCCCCUGUGUCAUUGUUCUGGGACACCCUCACCACCCCCCAACAUGAGACGGCUUGAGGACGUUGGAGGAUCCCUGGCAGACAUGGUCCCCCCACCCCAAUGCCUUGUUCCCCAGCAGUGCCCCAUCUCCUUGGCCCAGGGGAGGGAGUAUGGACAGUAUCUGAGAGUUCGGGGAUUCAGGUUGUUAUUAACAUAAUAUAAUUAAAAAAUCUGAAGAAACUUGAA